CUCCGCGACUGGGAGGGUCGGGCUGCCCGUCUCCGCGGCGCCUGGGACGGGCCCCAGGCUCGGCGCUCGGCUUCUGCGUUGGGAUCUGCGAGACAGAGUCCGCGGCACCGAGGAGGGUCAGGGCCCGGGGUCUCCGGGGAGGGCGCCGCGGGCUCAGGGCCUGGGCCGAGCUUGGUGGGCCCCUCCCUGCCCCGGGUCUCUGGGGACGGGCCCGCCCGCGGCCUGGGCCAUGGGGGUGCUGUGGGCCCUGGUUCUGGCCUUGGCCGCCAGCCUGGCCGCCGCCAGCCCCCCUAACAUUCUGCUGAUCUUCGCUGAUGACCUGGGCUAUGGAGACCUGGGGUCCUAUGGGCACCCCAGUUCCACCACCCCCAACCUGGACCAGCUGGCUGCAGGGGGCCUGCGGUUCACAGACUUCUACGUGCCGGUGUCGCUGUGCACGCCCUCCAGGGCCGCCCUCCUGACCGGCCGACACCCUGUGCGGAUGGGCCUGUAUCCUGGAGUCUUGGAGCCCAGCUCCCGGGGAGGGCUGCCCCUGGAGGAGGUGACCCUGGCCGAGGUCCUGGCUGCCCGCGGCUACCUCACAGGGAUAGCUGGCAAGUGGCACCUCGGGGUCGGGCCUGAGGGGGCCUUUCUGCCUCCACAUCAGGGCUUCCAUCGUUUCCUGGGCAUCCCGUACUCCCACGACCAGGGGCCCUGCCAGAACCUCACCUGCUUCCCGCCGGCCACGCCCUGCGAGGGCAGCUGCGACCAGGGCCUGGUCCCCAUCCCGCUGCUGGCCAACUUGACUGUGGAGGCUCAGCCGCCCUGGCUGCCGGGGCUGGAAGCCCGCUACGUGACCUUCGCGCGGGACCUCAUGGCUGAUGCCCAGCGCCAGGGCCGCCCCUUCUUCCUCUACUAUGCGUCCCAUCACACCCACUACCCACAGUUCAGUGGGCAGUCCUUUGUGGGGCGCUCCGGUCGGGGGCCGUUCGGCGACGCUCUGAUGGAGCUGGAUGCGGCAGUGGGGGCCCUGAUGACGGCUGUAGGGGACCUAGGGCUGCUCGGGGAGACGCUGGUCAUCUUCACUGCGGACAACGGGCCUGAGACCAUGCGGAUGUCCCACGGCGGCAGCGCCGGGCUUCUGCGGUGCGGCAAGGGCACCACGUUCGAGGGAGGCGUCCGCGAGCCGGCCUUGGCCUUCUGGCCCGGCCACAUCACCCCCGGUGUGACCCACGACCUGGCCAGCUCGCUGGACCUGCUGCCCACCCUGGCGGCCCUGAGUGGAGCCCCGCUGCCCAACGUCACCUUGGACGGCGUGGACCUCAGCCCGCUGCUGCUGGGCACGGGCAAGAGCCCCCGGGAGUCUGUCUUCUUCUACCCGGCCUACCCAGACGAGGUCCGUGGGGUCUUCGCCGUGCGGACUGGGAAGUACAAGGCUCACUUCUUCACCCAGGGCUCCAUCCACAGUGACACUACCGCAGACGCCGCCUGCCACGCCGCCAACCCCCUGACCGCCCACGAGCCUCCUCUGCUCUUCGACCUGUCGGUGGACCCCGGUGAGAACUACGACCUCCUAGGGGGCAUGGCCGAGGUCUCCCCUGAGGCGUUGCAGGCCCUGAAGCAACUCCAGCUGCUCAAGGCCCAGUUCGAUGCUGAGGUGGCCUUCGGCCCCAGCCAGAUGGCUCAGGGCGAGGACCCAGCCCUGCAGAUCUGCUGCCAGUCCAGCUGCAGCCCCCGGCCCGCCUGCUGCCGAUGCCCUGAGCCCCAGGCCUAGCGCUCGCAGGGCCAGGCCAGGGCGCCCGCCCUGGGGGCCUGGUAUACGAGGUGGUUUGUGCCUUAGAAUGCCAAUAACACCAGCUGGCACUUGUAAGUGUGAUAAUUCCUCUAAUCUGGUGGUAACUGGGAGGUGAAUGCUGUUUUCCUGUGUUACAAAUGAGGAAACUGAGGGCUGGGGCAUUCCAGCCAGACGGCUGAGGCCACCCAGCCAGUAAGGGCGACCUGGCCACAGGCACACCGCCCCUUGGUGACAACGCAUUGGAGCUGUGAGAGUAGGUUGGGUCACAGGAGUAGUAUGGGCCAGGGCUAGGGGUGGCAGGUGUGCAGUGUACCCCUAAGAGUCUGUUUCUCUCUGGGAGGGAGACUGGAGGCCCAGAAGCCAGCCGCCUCACCCUUGUCGGGGGCCACCCUGAAGU